AUGGGUACGGCAGAACCCUCCGUCGCGGAAUAUGUAGCAGAAUGUUCCCGCGUCCUUGAAAAGACCGGAUUGAAACACAAGUUGCAUGGGUAUGGAACGAACAUUGAAGGACCUUGGUCUGCCGUGAUGCAAGCCAUCCAUGACUGCCACACUGCUGUCCACACCAAGGGCGCCCCUCGCAUCGCAACUGAUAUUCGCAUUGGUACCCGGGUCGACAGGACAAUCGAGCCCGGUACAGGAAACGAAUCAAAGGUCAAGCGCGUCGAGGAGAUCCUGGCAAGAGAUCAGAAAGCUUGA